CAAGGACUGUUUUCAACUCACACUAUCUAUUCUUGAGCUUAUGAGUGCUGAUGGACAAGAACCUCUCAAGGAGGAUCCACCCUCUCCGGAGAAUAUGAGAUCUCCUACAGUUGUUGAAAAUGCUCUGCCUACAGAACAGGUCGAGGCUGCCACUGAAGCUCCUGCUCCUACCGAAGAAGCUCCGGCAGAGACCGAAGGCACUACUGAAGAUAAAGAGCAAGAUGAACGUCAGCUCGAUGAUGAUCCCUCAGAAGCUCCUCCUCCGCAAGGAGAACCUGGCGCUGAAGAACCAAGAAAGUCAUAUGACGAUUUUGAAGAUACAGGACCUCCCGCUCGGUAUGCUCAGCUUAUGCUUCUUCCUGCUUGACUAACGCUUCCAGACCUUUUGACGAUGAAGGCCGUCCGCUAAAGAUAUAUAUUGGUAAUCUAUCGAGCGUGUGCAAGAUGUUCCACUUGAGAGAAAAGUUUUCACAGUAUGGCACUAUUACCAAUGUCGAGCUCAAGACCAACAUUGGCUGCGGCUUUGUGCAAUUCACGACUGCUGAGGCAGCUGAUGCAGCUUGCAGAGGUAUGGACGGUCAAGAGCUGCUUGACCAGAAGAUCCGCGUUGAGCCUCAGCGAGCUGGCGGUGCGCGUGGCCCAAAGACUGAUGGGGCCAAGUCCUCGGAUGGUUGCUUCAACUGUGGCUCUCGUGGUCACUGGUCCAAGCACUGCCCAAAUCCACCAACAGGAAAUUUCCGAGGCCGAGGCCGUGGUCGCGGUCGAGGUGGCUAUCACUCGUACGACAACCGACAGCACCAUGGCGGCAGCUACGAUGCUUAUCCUCCACGCCGUCAGGAAUAUCACGAUCCGUAUGCGCGUGAUCCUUACGCCGCUCCACCUCCACGAGACCCGUAUGGCCACGCUGGACGUGAUCCUUACUACCAGGAUCCUUACGCUCGAGACCCUUAUGCAGCUGCUCCGCCACCUCCAAGGGAUCCAUAUGCCCGAGCAGAUCCUUAUGCGCGUGACCCUUACGCUCGCGACAGCUACGCGCCACCUCGCCCUCAGGCUGACCCUUACUAUCGUGACGCUCCGCCCGCUGCUGGCCCGCCCCGAGAUUACUAUGAACCACGAGAUGAUGGUCGGCAGCAGUAUCGUCGUGGUGGCACUCCUCCGCAAGAUACGAGCUACGGCCGAGAUGUUUACGCUCAACCCGACCCAAUGCGCCGUCGCUCACGUUCCCCUAUGCGUCGUGGACCACCUGUUCAGCAUGAUGACUAUGAUUACCGCUACGCACCUCCUCAAGGUAGCGCUGCUGAUCCUUAUGCUGCUCCUGAUGCUUAUCACGCCCAAGGUGGCCCUCCUGCUGGCGGCUAUGCUGACUAUGACCGCACCCGUGGCCGAUCUCGAAGUCCUCAAGGAGGCGCCUCUGGUGGCGGCAGCUAUGGUUAUGCCUAAAAAGUUCUCUUGAUCAUCCAUCAGCUCGAUCUCUUGUAUGUUGCUUGGUUUGGUGUCGGACCGCUCAUCACGAAAGCUCUAAAUUGUUCCUAGUUGACAAAUGGCAGCUGACUUGGCGUCCAUGUUGCUCUAUUAGAUGUCCGUCACGCUAGAAACAUUCAGUUCUCAUUGCUUCUG